GCCUAGAGAGCCAACGAGCCAGUCAGAAAAGCCUGUACACAACCAUGGCGUGCCCACCGUUGCCACAGGUCUCCAGCGGAUCGGACAGAAUUUCCCAGCGGCCAGACAGCCUGGACUUCCUCAAAGUGCCGGACCAGGGUGCAGCUGGCGCUCGCAGGCAGACUACGAGCCGACCCCCGCCUGCUGGGGGCAGGCCCAAGCCUCAGCCAAAGCCAAAGCCUCAGGUACCUCAGUGCAGAGCGCUGUACGCCUACGAUGCUCAGGACACAGACGAACUCAGCUUUAAUGCCAAUGACCUUAUUGAUAUCGUCAAAGAAGAUCCCUCAGGCUGGUGGACAGGCAGUCCACCCUUUCGGACUAGUUGUUGUAGUAUUUUCUCUAAUCGCUGCACAUAUACAGACAGCUUUUCCCCUUCCUUCUGCAUAGUGGUGUGA